AUGUUCUGGUUUGUAUCACUUCCCACCCUUCUGUGUGUGGGGACAGUGUCCUUCUCAGAACCCACAACCUGUGAAGAUGCCCAGAAGGCCUGCUCAGUGAUUGCCUGUGGCAUCCCGGUCACCAAUGGCACCCCAGGCAGAGAUGGGCAAGACGGAGCCAAGGGAGAAAAAGAAGAACCAGGGCAGGGGCUCCGAGGCUUGCAGGGCCCUCCAGGGAAACUGGGGCCUCCAGGAAGUAGAGGGGCUCCUGCGCCGCCAGGAGUGAAGGGUCAAAAAGGAGAUCGUGGAGGCAGUUCAGUUACGGAGACUAAGCUGGCUAACAUAGAGAGAGAGCUGAGGAGCCUGGAGGCGGAACUGGACCGCAUCAAAAAAUUGCACACCUUCUCCUUGGGCAAGAGAUCUGGAAAGAAGCUCCAUCUCCAUGUGACCAACGGUGAAAAGAUGCCUUUUUCCAAAGUGAAGGCUCUGUGGGCUGAGCUCCAGACCACCGUGGCCACCACCAAGAACACCGAGGAGAACAAAGCCAUCAUGGAAGUGGCCAAUGACCAUGCCUUCCUGGGCAUCACAGAUGAAGCGACCGAAGGCCAGUUUGUGUAUGUGACAGGAGGGAGGCUGACCUAUAGCAACUGGAAGAAGGAUGAGCCUAAUGACUUUGGCUCAGUGGGGACUGUGUGA